CUGUUUGGGGAGGUGUGAAUCUUUACAGUGUGUUAACUGAACAAACUGCUUCCUUGAGUUUAUCACAAAAAUGACAUCAGCAACACAGGAAGAGAUUUCAACGACCACCCUGAGUGGAAAAUCACCCGUCAGUCUGAAAUAACUUUGAAGACAUCACACGACUGUGAAGGCACAAGUGACAAUAAAGAAUCUGAGAGCGGUGAAAGAAAGAAGAACAGAAUGACGUCCAUCUACCUGAUCAUCAUGGCUCUGGCAACGACUGCUCUAGUUCAAGGCUCUAUUGAAUGCACUGUCUCUGAAGAGCCUGGAACUCAGCAGUGCUCUGGAGCCGUGGGACAAAUAUUAAGAUUUCAUCUGAGAAACACAGCAGACACUGACUUAAAGCUGAGGAAAGACAACCAAGUUAUCAUCUUAACAAUAAAGAAAAAUAAGAUAGCCGUUCAGAAUAAGGAAUAUGCCGGUGAUGCUAAACUCCUCUCUAAUGGAUCAUUCAUUCUGGGAACAGCAUCUAAGAAUCACUCUGGAGAUUACACGUUGGAGGAACACUACUCAGACGGGCUUUUUAAAAGAAAAGUGAACCUGCACCUAUUUAUUCAAGCUCCAGUGUCAAAGCCAGCUGUGUCUCAGGUGUGUUCAUCAGCAGAGCAGAUGAGCAUCAACUGCUCCUCUGAAGGAGAGGAAGUACAGUUUAUUUUUACUUUGGGCAGUGUGAAACUCGUGCAGAUGAGAGACCAAAGCCAGUUCCUGUAUACCGGGGCAGCAAACAUGGAGGGGACAAAAACCAAACAACACCUGCACUUUGACACCAUCAGCUUACCCGGUCAGCUGACAGGAAACUUGAAGUGUUCUGUUUGGAACAACGUCAGCAGGGAGGAAACAGUUAUUCACCUGAACAGCUGCAAAGGACCUCCACUUCUCCUCACGACGAGAUGAGAGUUUACACGUCAAAACAACAAAACACAAAGGGUUAAUGUUCACUGCAUGAGGAAGAACAUGUUCUCAUUUAAAUUGUGUUAAUAAUAGAGAACAGUCAGAGAGACU